AUGUAGUCGGGAACGAUAAAAAAUUAUAGAUAUAAAAUGGCGCGUCCUUCCCAAUGAUGUUUCAGUACGGCGAGCAACUAAGUAUCACGAGCUCUGAAAAACCUAUACAUAUACAUAUACGCGCGGUGUGGAGAUCACGCGAGCGCGCUUUUGUGUUAUAUGUGCAGUAGCGCGCCUCCAAUAGCCCCGAAAAUGUUGCGCUUCCGACGUACCGUCUCAAUUUUCAACGCAAUAGUGUGUCUGGCUUGCGCGCUCGAGAUCACCCAUCAUGACGUCCAUGGAGCUGGCGAGAUCGUCGAGCAGCGCAGAGAACCGAUAGGUCAGUGGUACGAGCCGUCGGUCUACUACGUCUCUCACGAUCUCAGCGACGUAUGUAACGACGAGCGCUGCAACGACGUAGCCGAUUUGUUCCUUGCCAGCGUCAACAAAUCGUCCCAGCCUUGCGAUGAUUUUUUCACCUACGCGUGCGGAAGGAGACAAAACAAGACGAGCUCUUGGAUUAAGGAGAUACAGGAAAUCCUGGAAUCACCGUCUAUCGAGAGGAAGCAGACGAGAUCGCUGGCGUUCGAGAAAAAAUUCUACCGGAGCUGCAUGGAACAACGUGACAACGAUUCGAGAACGAAGCGCGAGUUCUCGCGGAUCCUGAAAACGUCGAACGGCCGGAAUCUCUUUCGCCGGGGCCACGAGUUCGAGUUUGCCGACUGGCAGGCCAGCGAUGGUUACUACGCAUCUUUGGGUUUCGAGCACGCCUUUUUCAACGUUCGCGUCACGCGCGACCCGGAAAACUCGAACGCCAAUAUUGUGACUCUAGCUCCACCGUCUCCGCUGUACUUUUACUCAGUCCACAGUCUGCUGAAGUACAGGUACUUUGGCGAUAUCGUCUCCAAUUUGCUCGAGGACCACGACCAAGAGAAUCCUUACGUGGUCGAUUACGAGGACGUGAUGGAAUUCAACAACGCCCUCUUUGAGAUCCUCCCUCCCUUGGGAAUGUCGGAGGAGAACGCUACGACGCUAAUAAGGAACAAAAUGACGAUCGACGAGUGGCAGAAAACGUACGACUCGACCAACGAUGGCAAAAGCAAGGGCGUAAGUAUAUCGAUAGGUUUUCGGGACUUGGUCAUCAGGAUGGAGUUGCAAACGAUUCAUUACUUUCAGAUGAACUGGCUGAAGGUCCUGAACGCGCUCCUCGCACCUGUCGGCAGUAGCGUAACCGGAUCGGAGAAGAUCGUGGUCAAUAAGCUGGAGUACUUCAACAAGUUGAGUCAGUUGCUGCGGAACACGCCGUCGAUUGCGGUGGAGAAGUAUGUGCACUUCAAGUUCCUCACGCAAAUCAGCAAGUACCUGAACCCCGAGUUGGGACGGUUUUUCGAGAACGUACACAACAGGUCCACCUUUUGCAUAAACCAGUUUGACAAUCAACUGGUUGGAGUCACGUACGAGUACAUCAGGAGAUACGUGCCUCGUGAGCAGAAAGUUUACGCCGAAGAAGUCAUGAACAACGUACGAGACGCGCUUAUGGAUCUUUUGCUGAAUGCCAAAUGGAUGGACGAGGAGACAAAGUCCUACGCGACAAAUAAAUUGAAGAGUUUGCAGAUGGUGAUCGGGUACCCCGAAUGGCAGGUGGACAGAGCGUUCAUGAACAGCUAUUAUGGAAACGUGCGGUUGAAUUCCAACUUUUUUGAAAAUGUGAUCAAGUUCAAGAAGAGUUCAUUAAUCCAUAAACUUCAGGGACUGAAGUUUCCACGCCGAUACGAUCCACUGACAAUGUCCAAGAAAUCCACGCCCUUGAUUCACCACUUCGAAGUGAGUAGUCAUCUGAAUCGCAUAUUUUUUCCAACCGAGUACUUGAACGAGAAAAAUUAUAAACUAUUCAGUCCCAAAUUGCCAAGCGCAAUCAGUUAUGGUAGUUUUGGAUCGAUGUUGGGCUCGAUUUUGUACGACUACAUCAGUCUGACAGAUGAUAUAAAGUACAACGAGUACGCGCGGACGUCCGAUGGAUUGUCGAAGGACACGAUCGAGGCGUACAAAUUAAAGGAAAAAUGCCUCACCAACCAACUGAGCCACUACAACAAAUCCGUGUCGAAAUUCAAUUGGCAACUGGCGUACGUAAUAAACAGGGACACGGUGCAGGUGGACAAAAUAUAUGAAAAAAUUUCAGGCUUGCGAGCCGCCUUCGAGGCGUACAAAAGAGUCCAGAGCUCCAACGAGGAGCUCCUACCAGGAUUCGAACGCAUGAGCAGGAACCAGCUGUUUUUCUUAUCUUACGCCGAAAGAAUAUGCGAGAUAGGAGACAUUUACGACAAUUACGACGCUUACGAAACUUCUUUGAAGGUCAAUGGUGUCGUCUCAAAUUUGGAGGAUUUUUCCGACACCUUCCGAUGUUCCAAGAACAGCAAAAUGAACAGAGAAACAAAAUGCGAGCUAUUUACGUAAAUAAACUUUUUUUUUUUUUUUCCAACCAUUGGUUAUAUUCAAGUAUUCCGAUUAGAUGACUAGAAGAUAAAAAAAAAAAAAAAAAACAACAUAGCUUAGACGUUUGGUUAAUUUUAAGUACAAAUGUAAAUCCUAAGAAAGCGCUAACAGUGCGUAUUGUAAAUACCCUCGCAAAAGUUUUAUCAAGUGACACAUUAGAUUUAACUUUAGGAUAUGAAUUUUUUUUUUUUUUUUUUUUUUCCUCCAACAAGAGUGGUUUGAACAAAUCGAAAGAACCACACAUAUACUAAAACCAAUCACAAACGUACGAAUGUAGAUGUGUACUUAAUAUUUGUGUUUGAAAUGUAUUAUACACGUGUAGAUUUAUAAUUUAUAUACUGUAAAUAAAACGACGAGAGAAUUUUUUAAAUACAUA